AUGGGAUAAAUAUUUUAGAAACAUGCAACUUAGUUUGAACCAUCUCUAAUAGUUAAAUUAAAAAGCAUAACAAUGAGGGAACUUUUUGAUUGUGUAGAUACCAUAGAUAAAUAUUAUCCUUAGAAUUGUUAUUUGAAUUUAGAAUAAUUCGAUGAUAUAUUUGCAACAUUAACUGAUAAUUGUAUUGAUCUUUUUCAUAGAUUGGCUGAUUAGACUGGAGAAGAUGGAAAAUUAUCAGUUCAUACAUUUGAAGCAUUGGCUGCUUUUGCUAUAUUUAGUGGAGAGAGUUUUGAAACAAAAUGUAUGUUUGUUUUUAGAUUAUUUGAUUUUGAUUUGUCAAAUACUUUAGAAGAAUAAGAGAUGGUUAGUACAUUAUAAUGUGCAGUUAGAGCAAUGUGUAAAAUAGCUGGUUUAGUGAUUCCAUCUGUUAGUAUGUUAGAGAAAUUGGGUUAUGUUUGUUUCCAAAUGAUGGAUGAAGAUAAAAAUAAACAUGUUGAUUUUGAUGAAUUUUAUGAAUGGACUGUAUAAUAUGAUGAAUUGUAAGAGUUUAUGUUAUUAUAUUCUGGAACAUAAACAUAUUAAUAUGCAUUAAAAAGAAUGAUUAAUGUAAUGGAUGAAUCUGAAUAAUAAUUUAAUAAAUGGUUGAGAGAAUGUAAAGCACCUUAAGUACCAGCUAUUAAAUUACAAUAGAAUUUAUAUUAAAUUUAUAAGGGAAUAGAUUAAUUAUCAAUAGAUACUUUAUUUUAUAUGAUUAUAGAAUAUACAUUAAGAUCUAAAAGUAUUGGAUAAGAAGAUAGUUCAUAAUAAUAAAAAGAUCUUUGGGCUUGGAAAGCAGAUCAUAAAAAGAAUUAACAUCUUCUUUAAAAUAUAUCAGUUAAGAAGAGUGAUUAUUUGGAUAUCAUUAGAGCAUGGAAUGUAUAUUCAAUAACUGAUGUCAAUUAAUUAUCAAUUAUUAAUAUUAAAGAUCUUAAAUUACUUAUUUGGUUAUAUGAAGAUGAAGAACCAGAUUAUUUUAGAAUUAAUUAAGAAAUGUCAAUUAUAGAUACUAAUCAUAAUAAUAUAAUUGAAAGAUGUGAAUGGAUGUAAUAUUUAUGUUCUGAAGAGUCAAUGUAAAGAAGAUAAACACCAUAAGUUUUAAUGAAAAAAGUGUUUGAUAAUUAUGAUGAAGAAUAAUGUGGUUUGAUACCUAUUAUACAUAUUGAUAAAUUAUUAAGAGAUACUUUUAAAUAAUAGAUGAAAAAGAUGAAAGAUUUUAAGAGUAUUUAGAGUGUAAAUAGUUUAAUUCAAUAAUUNUGGGAUAAAUAUUUUAGAAACAUGCAACUUAGUUUGAACCAUCUCUAAUAGUUAAAUUAAAAAGCAUAACAAUGAGGGAACUUUUUGAUUGUGUAGAUACCAUAGAUAAAUAUUAUCCUUAGAAUUGUUAUUUGAAUUUAGAAUAAUUCGAUGAUAUAUUUGCAACAUUAACUGAUAAUUGUAUUGAUCUUUUUCAUAGAUUGGCUGAUUAGACUGGAGAAGAUGGAAAAUUAUCAGUUCAUACAUUUGAAGCAUUGGCUGCUUUUGCUAUAUUUAGUGGAGAGAGUUUUGAAACAAAAUGUAUGUUUGUUUUUAGAUUAUUUGAUUUUGAUUUGUCAAAUACUUUAGAAGAAUAAGAGAUGGUUAGUACAUUAUAAUGUGCAGUUAGAGCAAUGUGUAAAAUAGCUGGUUUAGUGAUUCCAUCUGUUAGUAUGUUAGAGAAAUUGGGUUAUGUUUGUUUCCAAAUGAUGGAUGAAGAUAAAAAUAAACAUGUUGAUUUUGAUGAAUUUUAUGAAUGGACUGUAUAAUAUGAUGAAUUGUAAGAGUUUAUGUUAUUAUAUUCUGGAACAUAAACAUAUUAAUAUGCAUUAAAAAGAAUGAUUAAUGUAAUGGAUGAAUCUGAAUAAUAAUUUAAUAAAUGGUUGAGAGAAUGUAAAGCACCUUAAGUACCAGCUAUUAAAUUACAAUAGAAUUUAUAUUAAAUUUAUAAGGGAAUAGAUUAAUUAUCAAUAGAUACUUUAUUUUAUAUGAUUAUAGAAUAUACAUUAAGAUCUAAAAGUAUUGGAUAAGAAGAUAGUUCAUAAUAAUAAAAAGAUCUUUGGGCUUGGAAAGCAGAUCAUAAAAAGAAUUAACAUCUUCUUUAAAAUAUCUCAGUUAAGAAGAGUGAUUAUUUGGAUAUCAUUAGAGCAUGGAAUGUAUAUUCAAUAACUGAUGUAAAUUAAUUAUCAAUUAUUAAUAUUAAAGAUCUUAAAUUACUUAUUUGGUUAUAUGAAGAUGAAGAACCAGAUUAUUUUAGAAUUAAUUAAGAAAUGUCAAUUAUAGAUACUAAUCAUAAUAAUAUAAUUGAAAGAUGUGAAUGGAUGUAAUAUUUAUGUUCUGAAGAGUCAAUGUAAAGAAGAUAAACACCAUAAGUUUUAAUGAAAAAAGUGUUUGAUAAUUAUGAUGAAGAAUAAUGUGGUUUGAUACCUAUUAUACAUAUUGAUAAAUUAUUAAGAGAUACUUUUAAAUAAUAGAUGAAAAAGAUGAAAGAUUUUAAGAGUAUUUAAAGUGUAAAUAGUUUAAUUCAAUAAUUAAAAGUUGAGUUUAUGAAAUAGGUUAAAAAAAAUAAUUAAUCUCAUUUUGAUUGGCAAUAAUACUUUUAAUUCUUAGUUGAAGCUACAAAGACUCAUUCAUCACUUAAUAAAUUAUUAAAUUUAAAUCGUGAUUGA